UAUUUUUUUUUAAAUUUUUAUUUAUUUAUGUAUGAUAGUCACAGAGAGAGAGGCAGAGACACAGGCAGAGGGAGAAGCAGGCUCCAUGCACCGGGAGCCCGAUGUGGGACUCGAUCCCAGGUCCAGGGUCGCGCCCUGGGCCAAAGGCACGCGCCAUAUCGCUGCGCCACCCAGGGAUCCCAAUCAACCACUUUUAUAAGACUAGUUCCAUCUAGUAACUCUUCCUAGUAACCCCAUGAAGGAGAUCGAUUAUUCUCACUUUAAAGAUGAGAAAAUUGCAGUAUUGAAGGUCAGGGCUGCUGUCGGGGGUGGACAUUUCUUGGACUGAUGAUCUUCAAAUGGAAAAGAAGUGUGUCCCGCUGUAACUAAGGGAAUGAAAUGAGUUCAAGGUGGAAAGAGGAAAAUCUGUGAACAGAGGACCCACACCACCUAUUAGUAGGAGCCUCCCCACUGCUGCAGGAGAGAGGAAGGUCAGAGCCGCGGAGGGCCGGAAGGAGCAGGUGGUCGGAGAAGGGGCGGGGCUUCCGUUGUGGGCGGAGCCAAAGCCCUGCCCCCUUCCGUAAGCGAGUCAUUUCCGUCCGCCGAGGAACAGAAAACAGCCGGCGAGUUGUGGGCAGAGCGCCUCGGGCAGGAGUUCCCUGGUCGCAAGUGGGAAGCUGGCUCCUGGGAUGGCCGAGGUGGAGACCCAGGGCCGCCUGUGGCUGGAGAGUCCCCCUGGGGGAGCGCCCCCCAUCUUCCUGCCCACGGACGGGCAAGCCCUUGUCCUGGGCCGGGGACCCUUGACCCAGGUUACCGACCGGAAGUGCUCCAGAAACCAAGUGGAGCUGGUCGCAGACCCCAGGACCAGGACCGUGGCAGUGAAACAGCUGGGAAUUAACCCCUCAACUGCUGGGACCCAGGAGCUGAGUCCAGGAUCAGAAGGUUCUCUGAGGGUGGGGGACACGCUAUAUUUGGUCAACGGCCUCCACCCGCUAACCCUGCGCUGGGAAGAGGCCCGCACGCCUGUAUCCCAGCAAGACACUCCACCCGGCACCGGCACCGUGGCUCCCCAUGAGGCAGAGGCUGUUGAGCCACAGAAAAAACGGAUGCGGAAGUCAUCCCCGGGCUGGGAGAAUUUCGAGAAGCUGCUAGUGUUUACAGCACCGGGGGUGAAGCCUCGGAGCAAGGUGGCUGGCUUUGAUUUGGAUGGGACCCUCAUCACCACACGCUCUGGGAAAGUCUUUCCCACCGGCCCCACCGACUGGAGGAUCUUAUACCUGGAGAUUCCACGUAAGCUCCGGGAGCUGGAUGCCGAAGGCUACAAGCUGGUGAUCUUCACCAACCAGAUGGCCAUUGGGCGCGGGAAGCUGCCGGCAGAGGAGUUCAAGGCUAAAGUGGAGGCUGUGGUGGAGAAACUGGGCCUCCCCUUUCAGGUGCUGGUGGCCACACACGCCGGCUUGUACCGGAAGCCAGUGAUCGGCAUGUGGGACCAUCUGCAGGAGCAGGGCAACGAAGGUGUGCCUGUCUCCAUCAGGGACAGCAUGUUCGUGGGAGAUGCAGCUGGACGACCAGCCAACUGGGCCCCUGGCCGAAAGAAGAAAGACUUCUCUUGUGCAGACCGUCUGUUUGCUCUCAACCUUGGCCUGCCCUUCGCCACACCAGAGGAGUUCUUUCUCAAGUGGCCCAUUGCCAACUUCGUGCUCCCCACCUUUGACCCGAGAACCGUCUCCCCCUCGGGGCCACUGUGCCUCCCGGAGUCCAGCUCCCUCUUGAGCUACGACCCUGAAGUGGUUGUCGCCGUGGGAUUUCCUGGGGCUGGCAAGUCCACCUUCCUCCAAGAGCAUCUGGUGUCAGCAGGAUACGUGCACGUGAACAGGGACACCCUGGGCUCAUGGCAGCGCUGCGUGACCACGUGUGAGAAUGCUCUAAAGCAGAGGAAACGGGUUGUGAUCGACAACACAAACCCAGACCCUCCGACCCGGGCCAGGUACAUUAAGUGUGCCCGAGACGCAGGUGUGCCCUGCCGCUGCUUCCUCUUCAGCACCACCCUGGAGCACGCACGCCACAAUAACCGGUUCCGAGAGAUGACGGGCUCCUCUCACGCCCCCGUGUCCGACGUGGUCAUGUAUGGCUACAGAAAGCAGUUCGAGGCCCCGACCCUGGCAGAAGGAUUUUCGGCAAUCCUGGAAAUCCCGUUCCGGCUGAACCUGGAGCCUCGGCUCAAACGGCUCUACUGCCAGUUCUCAGAGGGCUGAGCUGCGCCUCCCCCCGCCACCCCCUGCCCCCAAUAAAUUGUUGUUUUUUUUUUUUAAGCUUGGGCAGCAUCAUGCUGGAAAUAAGGGUGGUCUACCCAGUGAGGAUAGGCACCCGGGCGAGUCCCUGGGGACUGGGGAGCACAGACCUGCCGGCCUCCCAGGCCUCGGGGCACGGACCCCCAGGGAUCUGCGCUGAGCUGCGCACUCAGACCACAGGCCUUUCCCAGGGAGGGUAGUUUAGGGUCCUGUGGCUGUGGGCACCCUAAACAGAGGGUAGGGAAUCCAGAGGGGCAGGGCCCA